GUACUUGGAGCUGUUAAACGGCCGUAGAAGAUGCUGAGUCUGCUCCUCAAAGCGUCACUCUCUGAAUCCUGCUCCUCCUGCUCCUCCUUCAUCAUGGACCCCGCAUCAUCUCUGUGAACCGCACCUCCUGCUCCUCCUUCAUCAUGGACCCCGCAUCAUCUCUGUGAACCGCACCUCCUGCUCACGCACAGUUUCCGGGGAUCAGGCUGCAGGCGGAGGAGCUCACCAUGAUGUCCUCUUACUAUCAUCCCACCAAGGAGGCGGACAUGGCGGCCAUGACGGAGCCGCUGUGCCUGGAGAGAGAUGUGUGCAGGGUGAUCGAGCUGCUGGACCGACUGCAGCGGAGCGGCGAGCUGCCUCCUCCCAAACUGCAGGCGCUGCAGAGAGUCCUGCAGAGCAAGUUCUGUGCUGCCAUCAGAGAGGUGUACGAGCAGCUUUACGACACUCUGGAUAUUGUUGGAGGACCAGAGGUUCGCGCUCAGGCUACAGCAAAGGCCACAGUGGCCGCGUUUGCAGCAAGCGAAGGCCACGCCCACCCGAGGGUGGUGGAGCUGCCGAAGACGGAGGAGGGUCUGGGCUUUAACAUCAUGGGGGGCAAAGAGCAGAACUCCCCCAUCUACAUCUCCAGAGUGAUCCCGGGGGGCGUGGCCGACCGCCAGGGAGGCCUGAAAAGAGGAGACCAGCUGCUGUCCGUCAACGGGGUGAGCGUGGAGGGCGAGCACCACGAGAAGGCCGUGGAACUGCUGAAGGCGGCUCAGGGUUCGGUGAAGCUGGUGGUCCGCUACACCCCCAAAGUCCUGGAGGAGAUGGAGGCUCGCUUUGAGAAGAUGAGGAGCGCCCGCAGACGGCAGCAGCACACCAGCUACUCGUCUCUGGAGUCCAGGGGCUGAUCCUCCUCCUCUUCCUCCUCCUCCUCCUCCCCCUCCUCCUCCUCCUCUUCCUCCUCCUCCUCCUCCUAAUCUCUGUACCUGUAGGAGGAGAGACCGUAGACGAGAAGCAAAAACCAAAGUAGCCUACCAACAUGUGUUACCUGAACUCCGUCAUGAAGCCCCCCCCCCCUCCUCCUGUUACCUGUUUAUAGAGAUUCAGAGUGAGCUGCUUGUUGUCAGACUGUGCCUGUGUGUAAUAAUCCUCUAACUAAAGGGCAACUUAUUCUCUAAAUGUGACUACAGUGUUUAUAUCGCCAUUAUCGUCAUGUGGGUCACUGCAGCCCUCAGCACUGUCUGCAGGUUAAUUAAACCCUCAGUACUGUCUGCAGGUUAAUUAAACCCUCAUUACUGUCUGCAGGUUAGUUUAACCUUCAGUACUGUCUGCAGGUUAGUUUAACCCUCAGUAGUUGUCUGCAGGUUAGUUUAACCCUCAGUACUGUCUGCAGGUUAAUGUAACCCUCAGCACUGUCUGAAGGUUAGUUUAACCCUCAGUACUGUCUGCAGGUUAUUUUAACCCUCAGCACUGUCUGCAGGUUAGUUUAACCCUCAGUACUGUCUGCAGGUUAUUUUAACUCUCAGUACUGCCUGCAGGUUAAUUUAACCCUCAGCACUGUCUGCAGGUUAAUUUAACCCUCAGCACUGUCUGCAGGUUAGUAUAACCCUCAGUACUGUCUGCAGGUUAGUAUAACCCUCAGUACUGUCUGCAGGAUAAACCUUGGCGUGCUCCCUGCUGCUCGUCCAUCAUGUUCCAGCUCGAGGGCUAACCAUUAGCUUCAGGAAGAAUAAUACUGACGUCUUCUUAGUGACAUGUUUUUAUUCACGUGUUUGUAUUCAUUGUUAUUGCAUAUUUAUUCAUGAAAUAAAGUCACACCGUGCAGGUUGA